AUGGCAGCAGCAGCCGUUCAAGCAUCUACCGGACUCGGACCCAGUCUGGCCCAGAAGCCAUCAGUCCCAGUUUCCGACAAGCCUCAUCACAUUCAGACUACUCUGAAUUUCAUCAAGGAAAAUGAAGAUGGCUCUCCACCUAGUCCAAGCUACGUGGGCAAGCCUGAGACAUACGAGAAGCCAACUGUACAAGUCACGACUACCAUUCACGAUAUCAGUGGCCACGAGCUAGACUAUACUUUAGACAGCCAUGGGUUCCAGCUUUACUACCAUAAGAGCAAGGAGACCGAAUUCAUCGACGACGAGAAUAUCAAGAGAGAAUAUUACUCCGAGACAGAGCAAUUGCUGAAGGAUGCUACUGGAGCAUCCAAGAUCUUUAUUUUCGACCACACCAUCCGUCGUCCAGCCAAGGACGGUUUACCUAGCAAUGCCCUCCGUGGACCCGUCCAGCGCGUGCAUAUCGAUCAAUCCUAUUCUGCAUCCAAGAAUCGCGUCUCCCAUCACCUUCCCGACGAGGCACCCGAGUUGUUGAAAGGGAGAUACCAGAUCAUCAAUGUCUGGCGACCCAUCAAGACAAUCCUCAAAGACCCCUUGGCUGUCGCAGAUGCACAUACCGUCCCGGAUAGCGAUCUGGUUCCCAUCGGGCUGAUCUAUCCUGACCGGGCGGGCGAGACUUACGGCGUGAAGCCGGACCCGAAUAUUAAGUGGUAUUAUCGUUAUGGACAGACUCCUGAUCUAGUGACUUUAAUUAAAUGUUUCGAUUCCAAGACGGAUGGAAGGGCUCGUCGUGUGCCUCAUAGCGCGUUUGUGAAUCCGGAGACUGAGCAUGAGGCUGGAAGGGAGAGUAUUGAGGUUCGGGCAUUGGUCUUCCAUCCUGAUGAUCGUGACUAG